UCCAGGAGGAGCUUAGAGCUAUGACUAGACUGCCAAUGGACCCAGCACAAAAGUUUAACCCAACCUGGACCCCUGAGUCUUCUCAGAUGCCCACUGAAGAAAAUUCCUGGCUGGGCACAGGGGCCCACGCCUGUAAUCCCGGCAUUGAAAGAGAACUAACAGACCCUGGGCUUAAAGGAGUUAGGAAUGAAUCAAGAAAUGAGCCAUUCAAAUAUGGCUGCAGUUACUGCCUUUAUCAUAGACAGGAGCCUUCUGAGAGUGCUAGAAUGGAGAAUAUUAUGACACAGCCAAUUUAGCCAUAAGCUUCAGUCUUGCUUGUACUGUUCUUUCUU